AUGCGUGCUUCGCUUGUGAACCAACUUCGUGUGCUUGUGCCCGUCAAGCGUACGAUCGACUAUGCUGUCAAGAUCCGCGUAGCCUCGGACGGCAAGGGCGUGGACCAGAAUGUGCAACAUUCGAUGAACCCAUUCGAUGAAAUUGCCGUUGAAGAGGCUGUGCGCAUGCGUGAGCGAAACAAGGAUGCAGUGAAGCGCAUUACUGUCAUGUCGGCAGGUCCGGCGAAGGCACAGGAUGUAUUGCGCACGGCGUUGGCCAUGGGUGCUGACGAUGCGAUUCAUGUGGAAGUGCCAGGACCUAUUGAGCCCCUGGCAGUAAGCAAGAUCCUGCGUGCCAUUGUUGAUAAGGAGGCUAGCGAGGAUGAGAUCGGCAUGGUUAUCCUCGGUAAACAAGCGAUCGAUGAUGAUGCAAGCCAGACAGGACAGAUGCUUGCAGGUCUUCUAAACUGGCCACAGGCUACAUUUGCCUCUAAGAUCGAGCUAGAUGGCAAGGGCGACAAGGGCGACAAGGUGACCGUGACCCGUGAAGUCGAUGGUGGUUUGGCCGUUGUCGAGACACAGGUGCCGCUUGUAGUGACCACAGACCUGCGUCUCAACGAGCCACGUUAUGCUUCUUUGCCCAACAUUAUGAAGGCCAAGAAGAAGAAGGUGGCUAAGUACUCGGUGGCUGACCUCGGUCUUGAAAAGGACAUUGAGUCACGCCUCGAGACGCUGAAGGUGGCUGAGCCGCCGCAGAGGCAAGGCGGUGCUAAGGUCGAAAACGUCGACGAGCUCAUUAGCAAGCUAAAGGAAGCCGGCCGUAUUUAG